UCGCUGCAGCUUCUGCCCCGGACACAGGCGGCAGACCCCGUGGAUGUGUUGGAGGCUCUGGGCGUGCGGGGGGGCCAGGCUGGGGUCCCUGAGGGGCCUGGCCUCUGCCCCCAGAGGGUCCCAGAGGGUGACCGGGCAUUCAGGGUGGGCAAGGCCAGCACACUAGGUGUCCCCACGUGGGAACUCUUUCCAGAUGAACAGUUUCCUGAGAACUUCUCUGUGCUGAUCACCCUGCGGGGCCAGCCAGCCAACCAGUCUGUCCUUCUGUCCGUCUAUGAUGAGGAUGGCACCCGGCAGCUGGGCCUGGCGCUGGGGCCAGCUCUGGGCCUCCUAGGGGGCUCCUUUAGACCCCUCCCCCAGCCGGUCAACCUCAUGGAUGGCAGGUGGCACCGGGUGGCAGUCAGUGUGGAUGGCGGCGCGGCGACCCUGGUGGCUGACUGUGAGCCUCAGCCCCCGGUGCUGGGCCAGGGCCCGCGGUUCAUCAGCACAGCGGGACUCACGAUGCUGGGGAGCCAGGACCUCGGGGAGGAGAGCUUUGAGGGAGACAUUCAGGAGCUGCUGAUCAGCGCAGAUCCUCAGGCGGCCUUCCAGGCCUGUGAGCGGUACCUUCCUGGCUGUGACCACCUGGACCCUGCAGGCACCCGGGCCCCCCAGGGUGAGCCAGAAACCCCUCCCCCCAAACGGAAGAGGAAGGGGAAGGGGAAGAAAAAAGGGCGAGGUCGUAAGGGGAAGGGCAGGAAGAAGAAGAACAAGGAGGCCAUGACCCUGGAUCCAUCGCUUGGCUCCCUGGAGAACCGGACCUCUACCGACAUCCCCAAGACAGAGGCAACAGCUCCAACGCUGCCCCCGACUCCCACGCCCUUGGUCAUCGCCACCACUGUGACCAUUGGCCGCAAUGUCACCAUCCUGGAGGAGGGGCUGGACCCUGACAGUGAAAAUGAACUGGGAACCCUGGAGACUGAUUUAGCCGGAGAGGAUGAGGAAGGAGACGGCCCCACCAUGGGCCCCAACUUCCGGGCAGCAGAACAGCCAUCCCAGACUCAGUUCCACAUCUUUCCUGGUGCUGGAGAGAAGGGAGCCAAAGGAGAGCCUGCAGUGAUUGAACAGGGACGGCAGUUCGAGGGACCCCCAGGAGCCCCAGGACCUCGGGGGGUGGACGGCCCCUCAGGCCCUCCUGGACCCCCAGGGUUCCCCGGGGACCCCGGCCUACCGGGCCCUACUGGCCAUCCAGGAAUCCCUGGCAUGGAUGGACACCGGGGCCUCCCGGGAACUGUGAUCAUGAUGCCGUUCCAGUUUGCAAGCAGCUCCCUCAAAGGACCCUCAGUCUCCUUCCAGCAGGCCCAGGCUCAGGCAAUAAUGCAACAGGCUCAGCUCUCUAUGAAAGGGCCCCCUGGCCCAGUGGGGCUCACUGGACGCCCAGGCCCCGUGGGUCUCCCUGGGUAUGCAGGUCAGAAAGGAGAGAUGGGAGAAAUGGGGCCACAGGGUCCCCGAGGCCUUCAGGGACCUGUUGGGCCCCCUGGCCGGCAGGGCAAGAUGGGCCGCUCUGGAGCAGACGGGGCUCGGGGCCUCCCCGGAGACACAGGACCCAAGGGCGACAGGGGCUUUGAUGGCCUUCCAGGGCUGCCUGGUGAGCAGGGCCAAAGGGGUGACUUUGGCCAUAUGGGGCGGCCUGGUCCCCCAGGAGAAGAUGGUAAGAAGGGAGCAGAGGGACCUCCGGGGCCCACUGGCCAGGCUGGGGAGCCGGGCCCCCGAGGACUGAUUGGCCCCAGAGGCUCGCCUGGGCCCCCGGGCAGCCCGGGCGCAGUGGGAAUUGACGGUGCGCCAGGUGCCAAAGGAAAUGUGGGUCCUCCAGGAGAACAAGGACCCCCAGGACAGCAGGGAAAUCCCGGGUCCCAGGGACUCCCUGGCCCCCAGGGACCCAUUGGCACUCCUGGGGAGAAGGGUCCACCCGGACACCCGGGAAUUCCAGGCCUCACGGGAUCUGAUGGCCCUCCGGGUCACCCAGGCCACGAGGGGCCCACAGGAGAGAAAGGGACCCAGGGCCCAGCAGGGUCCGCAGGCCCGCGGGGGUAUCCUGGGCCUCGGGGUGUGAAGGGAACCUCUGGCAACCGGGGCCUCCAGGGGGAGAAAGGCGAGAAGGGAGAGGAUGGCUUCCCAGGCUUCAAGGGUGAUGGGGGGCUUAAAGGAGAUCGGGGGCACCCAGGACCCCCAGGUCCCCGGGGAGAGGAUGGUCCUGAAGGGCUGAAAGGGCAGGAGGGGCUGCCCGGUGAGGAGGGGCCCCCAGGCUCAGCUGGGGAGAAGGGCAAACUUGGGGUGCCAGGCCUCCCAGGUUACCCAGGACGUCCAGGCCCUAAGGGAUCCACAGGCCUGCCUGGUCCCCUGGGGCCAAUAGGAGAGAAGGGGAGGCGGGGGAAGGCCGGGCAGCCAGGACUGGAAGGAGAGCGGGGACUGCCUGGCUCCCGUGGAGAGAGGGGGCAACCGGGUUCCACAGGGCCACUAGGCCCAAAGGGCGAUGUGGGCCAGGACGGGGCCCCUGGAAUCCCUGGAGAAAAGGGCCUCCCAGGCCUACAAGGGCCCCCUGGAUUCUCUGGGCCGAAGGGCCCCCCUGGCCCCCAGGGGAAAGACGGGCGACCUGGGCACCCCGGACAGAGAGGAGAAUUGGGCUUUCAAGGUCAAACAGGCCCACCUGGUCCAGCCGGCGUCGUGGGUCCUCAGGGAAAGACAGGAGAAGCAGGGCCUCUGGGCGAGAGGGGCCCGCCCGGCCCUCCCGGCCCUCCUGGUGAACAAGGUCUCCCGGGACUGGAGGGCAGAGAGGGGGCCAAGGGGGACCUGGGGCCGCUGGGUCCCCUUGGGAAGGAAGGACCACCUGGACCGCGGGGCUUCCCUGGCCCCAAAGGAGCCCCAGGGGACCCUGGACCUACUGGUUUGAAGGGUGACAAGGGCCCCCCGGGUCCCACCGGUGCCAAUGGCUCCCCUGGAGAGCGUGGGCCUGUGGGCCCCGCAGGAGGCAUUGGGCUUCCUGGCCAAAGUGGAGGCCAAGGCCCUGUUGGCCCUGCCGGCGAGAAGGGGUCCCCGGGCGAACGUGGUCCCCCUGGCCCCACCGGCCAAGAUGGGACCCCAGGGCCCCUGGGGCUUCCAGGGCCCCCAGGAGCUGCCGGGCCUUCUGGUGAGGAAGGGGACAAGGGAGAAGUGGGUACCCCUGGCCACAAGGGGAGCAAAGGCGAUAAGGGGGAUGCGGGCCCACCUGGACCAACAGGGAUACGGGGUCCUGUGGGACACCCAGGCUCCCCGGGAGCAGACGGGGCUCAGGGACGCCGGGGACCCCCAGGCCUCUUUGGGCAGAAAGGAGAUGAUGGAGUGAGAGGCUUUGUGGGGGUGAUUGGCCCCCCUGGCCUGCAGGGACUGCCAGGCCCUCCUGGAGAAAAGGGGGAGGUUGGAGACGUGGGGUCCAUGGGUCCCCAUGGAGCUCCAGGUCCUCGGGGUCCCCAUGGCCCUAGUGGAUCAGAGGGCUCUCCAGGGCUGCGUGGAGGAGUCGGUCAGCCCGGUGCUGUGGGGGAGAAGGGUGAGCCAGGGGAAGCUGGAGACCCAGGGCUGCCAGGAGGCCCAGGCAUCCCAGGGCCCAAGGGAGAAGUUGGUGAAAAGGGGGACACAGGCCCAUCUGGGGCGGCAGGACCCCCAGGCAAGAAGGGCCCCCCUGGAGAAGAUGGAGCCAAAGGGAAUGUGGGCCCCAGAGGGCUCCCAGGAGAUCUAGGACCCCCUGGAGACCCUGGAGUUUCGGGUCUAGAUGGUCCCCCAGGGGAGAAGGGAGACCCUGGUGAUGUUGGAGGACCGGGUCCGCCUGGCGCUUCUGGGGAGCCCGGCCCCCCAGGGUCCCCUGGAAAGAGGGGUCCUCCUGGCCGCCUGGGUCCAGAAGGCAGAGAAGGGGAGAAAGGGGCCAAGGGGGAGCCAGGUCCUGAUGGGCCCAUAGGGAGGACCGGCCCCGUGGGGGCUCGAGGGCCCCCUGGACAUGCUGGGCCUGAGGGUCUUCGCGGGAUCCCUGGCCCUGUGGGUGAACCAGGCCUCCUGGGACCUCCUGGACAGACAGGCCCUCCUGGUCCCCUGGGGCCCUCUGGCCUCCCAGGGCUGAAGGGAGAUGCUGGCCUCAAGGGGGAAAAGGGCCACAUCGGAUUGAUUGGCCUCAUUGGCGCCCCUGGGGAGGCUGGUGAGAAAGGGGAUCAGGGGCUGCCAGGCGUGCAGGGCCCUCCUGGCCCCAAGGGAGAACCGGGUCUCCCGGGCCCCAGUGGCUCUCUGGGCCCCCCUGGGCCCCCAGGAGUGGCAGGCCCUCUGGGACAGAAGGGCUCAAAGGGGGGGCCGGGAUCUCUCGGCCCCCGUGGAGACACUGGCCCUCCAGGCCCCCCGGGUCCCCCGGUAAGUUCCCCAGGGAUGAGGGUUGGAGUGUACCCACUGGUUCUCCCAGUGUUCAGAACAAGGUGGGGCACCCAGAUGUUCAGGGGAGGCAGGGGACCCAUCAGAUGUUCAGGGAGGCAGGGGACCCACCAGAUGUUCAGGGAGUCAGGGGACCCUCCAGAUGCUCAGGGAGGAGAGACCUGCCUCUACCCGGACAAGAAGUUUGAGACCGUGAAGCUGGCUUCCUGGUCCAAGGAGAAGCCGGGAAGCUGGUACAGCACGUUCCGUCGAGGGAAGAAGUUCUCCUAUGUGGACGCCGACGGGUCCCCGGUGAACGUGGUGCAGUUGACCUUCCUGAAGCUGCUGAGCGCCCGCGCCCGCCAGAGCUUCGCCUACUCCUGCCAGAACGCGGCUGCCUGGCUGGAUGAGGCUGCCGGCGACCACGGCCGCUCCCUUCGCUUCCUGGGGACCAACGGACAGGAGCUGUCCUUCAACCAGACGGCAGCAGCCACCGUCACUGUCCCUUAUGACGGCUGCCGGCUCCGGAAGGGACAGACCAAAACCCUCCUGGAGUUCAGCUCUUCCCGAGCGGGCUUCCUGCCCCUGUGGGACGUGGCGGCCACCGAUUUCGGCCAGACCAACCAGAAGUUUGGGUUUGAACUGGGGCCCGUCUGCUUCAGCAGCUGAGCGUCUUGGGCGCGGGCGGGGCCACGAGGGAGCCCCAGCUGGGGCACACUUGGUGCUGAGGCUUUGAAGCCACCAUAUUUAUCGUCUCCUGUGCCUGUGGACUCAGAGGGAAGUCUGCUCGUCAUGGUCAGACAAUGUCCCUUCUCCACUCCCGGGGCUGCGGGCUGGACUCCCCUGGCCCAGGAGUCCAGCCUCCCCCGCCAGCCCCUGCUGGAGUGAUGCAGUCUUUCUCCCCUCCCUGCCCAUUCCACCCACAACUCCCACUCUGGAUCUCCCACGCACGAACUUCUAAUUCAGAGCUGAGUGCCCCCACACCUGUCUUUCCCUUCUCAGGCAGUGCCCCGACACCCUUUGGUGCUACCCUUCCCCCUAGUUAAGCACUGGAUGUCUCCUGAUCCCAGGCUGGGCCCCUCCCCUCAUUCCUCUUUUCAGGUGGGUUCAGAGAGAAGGAACUGAAGUCAGACCACAGAGGGAAGGGAGACUUGCCUGGACUGAGCUGUGUAUUCCUUUGGCUGCCUCAGCCCAGCUCUGAAUACAGGCCCCCUCAUAGCUCACCAAGCCAGAUGGCUGGGGGACCAAGAUGCGGGGUCAAUCAGGAUCCUAAUGGUGCUGUCCUAUUUAUACCGGGAUCUGUAUUAAAAGGGAAAAUCCCCUGUUAUAUAUUUAAUCUGCUUCCUCCUCACAGAAGGCUGGGAUAUGAUGGGAGAGAUUCUAGCAUGACCCCCUCCCCCCACCUCCCCAGGGCAUCGGCUUCUCAAGUCUGAGAAUAAACCACUGAACUGUGUCCCUGUCUGUGUCCUUCAUCUGGUGCUGCCCGCAUCUUUCUUAGGGUCUGUCUGGUGUCACCUGAGGCAUUGCCGUCACCUAUCUUAAUCCUGUUGUUUGGUGGAGGUGGUUUGAGGGGGUGGGGGAACCCAAUUCUAAUGGGACUCACUGGAGGUGGUGGGCCUGUUUAUUAACUCAGGAAAAGUUGAAAAUAGCUAGAUCUCUAAGAGAGUAGAUCUUAACUUUUCUCACCACAAAAAAAUAAAGAAUAAUUAUGUGAUGUAA